GAACAGCUGCGGGGAGGGACAGCGGGUGAGCUGGGCCGACGAGGGGCCCCCUUGCCCUCCGCAGCGCCCCCAAAACCAACCCCGUGCCCCCUCAAACUUCCCCCACGCCCGCCCCGACGCUGCCUCUCGGGGUGGCACACGAUUCACUCAGGGGGGGCGACCUGGACAACCUCCGGCCCCUCUCACUCCUUCCCCAUAUGUUCCACCCUCUGCGCCCCUCGGCCACCUCUGUAUCGCCCCGACACCUUCCGUGUGCCCUCACACCUCAUGGGUCCCUCCCCCCGCCCGCCCUUCUCUUCACCGGAACGGCCUCCCCGCACCCCAAAUCCCUCCGGGGCCUAAGCUCACACGCGCCCCUCGGGCCUUCCCCCUACCCCAGGCCUGUCCCCCGCCCUCCUUCCAGGGCCCACCCCCGACCCCAGGCCGGUCCCACCCCCCCGGUGCCCCCCCCCGGUCCCGGUGCCCCCCCGGCCCCCCCCGCACCGCCGCCGCCUUUCCCGCCUGCGCAGCGCGAAUCGCGCGGAACCGCAGCCGCCGGAAGUCGAGGGGUACUUCCGCAAUGGCGCCGCGCCACGCCGCGCCGGCGCCCCCUGGCGGCGGGGAGGACAGGGGCAGCCGGAGGACCCCGCCCACAGAGGCGGCGGGGGCGGGGCCAGAGCGGCCUCUCUCCCUCCCGCCGCUCUGCCCCGCCCAGCACCACAGAGAUGAUGGGCCGGCGAUGCCGGACAGCGCCGGGCGAGCCCCGUGACGUCACCGCGGGGGGACCCACCCACCCCCCCCAAACCCGGGGCGCCCCAAAGUGGGGGGACCGGACCCCCAGAGCGGGGCACCCCCGAAACCCGCGGGCCGCGCACACGGGGCACCCCUCCUGCGCCCCCCCCGCGGGGGUGUGUCGUUUCCCCCCCCCCAAACCGGGCACCCCCAGAGUGGGGCGCCCCCCGCGCCCUCCGUGCACCCCAACGCGGGUUGGGGUCCCGGGUGUCCGGAGGGGGAACCCCAAAAGGGGGAUCCCACCGCAGGGACCCCCGGGCAGGACCCUGCCUGCCCCCCUUCUCCAUCUCCCCACGAAGGGGGGGGCGACCCCUCCCGCCCCCCCGGGCUGUGCCCCCGCCCCCGGCCCCCGCCCUGCCCCCGCCUCCGCCCGCCCGCCCGCACCGCCCCGGCUUCCCGCACCCCUGCGGGCUGCUGCCCACACCCUGCCAGUCCCCGCGUCCUGCUGGUACCCCUGCCCGCACCCCUGCCCGCACCCCUGCCCGUACGCCUGCCUGCACGCCUGCCUGCACCCGCGCCCGCACCCGCACCCGCACCCGCACCCUGCCCUGCCCGCAUCCCUCCUCACUGCCCGCACCGCUACCCUGCCCUGCCCUUCCCGCAUCACCCUCCGCUCCUGCCUUGCCCUGCCCGCAUCCCCGCCGCCGGCCGCCCCCCUCCCACCCCGCGCCGCCCAUGUCCCCCCUGGGCCCCCGCACCCGCUGGGUGAGCGACUUCUUCUCGUACGAGACCACCAAGUCGGUGGUGGUGAAGAGCUGGGUGGUGGGCGCCGUCAACCGCGGCGUCCAGCUCCUCAUCCUCGCCUACUUCGUCGGGUGAGCCCCCCCCGGCACUUCCGGGACAUCCCCCCGGGACAUCCCCCGGGACCCCUUUUCCCGAGAUUCCCCCCCCCAGGACCCCCUUCCCGGCUCCGCGGGGUGUGACAGCCACUUGCUGCUGCAGCUGGGUGUUCCUCCACGAGAAAGCGUACCAGGUGCGGGACACCGCCAUCGAGUCCUCCGUGGUCACCAAGGUGAAGGGC